AUGUCUAUCUUCAACACCAAUGUUCCCAAUAAUCCUAAGGUCAUUGUGGUAUCCGAUGUGGGCCAACUGGUCAAGUAUCUGUUGGAAUCGGAAUAUGAGGUGUAUUAUGUCAACGGUAUAAGUCUAUUUAAAGAUUUGAUUGAGAGUUUGUUGGUUUAUGAUCCUAUAAUAGUUAUUGAUUUUAUUGAUUAUACUAGUCUUCUAACGUUAUUACGGUUCUUAUAUGGAUUCGAUGAUGAUUUGAAGAAACUGAAGGUUCGAAGAGAUUUUUUGGAAAAGUAUAAUACUUAUAAUAACGAUAAACCCACCACAGGAACCUGUGAUUAUCCAUUGAAUACCAGAAUCAUUAUCAAUAUUCGAGAGUAUAACAGUGUAGAUUUGACUACUUUGGAUAAUUUGAAACUUCAACAAAUCUUAAGAUUCAUCUGUCUUCUUCAUGGAGGGUCUUUCAUCAUCAGUAAAUCACCAAUUGCUCAACUACUCAAAGAAAACGAUUUAUUGAAUCCUAUUUAUCAGGAUUUUUUGUCUAUACCUCAAGGAUGGGAUUCAUGGGAUAGAAUCAAGAUCUUAUCGAAAUCCACCUAUGAUUCUAAAGGUCUUCUUGUUGAUGAUAAUGAUAUGAAAACAUUUCUUCAGGUUUAUACUGACUUUUUGACUGGUGAUGAAUCAAUAUUCAAAUACUUGAAGGUGGAGAUCCCUAUUGUAUCCAAACCUGUUUACGUUCCAAAGACAUAUGAUGAUUUAAUCCGGAAUAUUAUCUAA